AUGAUACCUGCCUCCAUGGCAUCCUCCGCCUCGCCCAUUGCUGCCACGACGGCCACGAGCAGUAAUCCCGCUCAUUCACGCAGAGUACCCCUCGACAAGCGGAAACGGACAGAAACGAGCUGCGACAAGUGCAAGUCGCGCAAACAAAAAUGUCGAAAAGAGCCGGGCCAGGACUCGUGCAAAUACUGCAUCCUCCAUCACAUCCAAUGCGAGACGACACAGCCACGCAAGAAACGUCUGUAUGGCAGCGUCGAGGGCCUGGGCACCCGUCUGGCACUGCUCGAGUCGCUGGUCAAGGGACUUGUACCCGAGGCCGAUGUGUCGAGUGUCGAGUCGUUGCGCCAGCUUGCGACGUCGCUGAACAUAGCUCUGCCCGACGCACAUCUGGGCGAAGCCGAUGGCGAGCCGGACAGCAGCGACAAGGAAGGAGAGGACGCAAUCUCCCUUCUCCCUGACCAGCAGGGCCAAGUGCAAUAUAUCGGUCCUGCGAGUUCUCUGGCCUUCCACUUCAAGCUGCGCACACUGGUAGGCCGCGGUGCCAAGCGCGAGUUCACAUUGUUUGGCAAGAAUGCUGCUGAAGAUGAGCUCAGUCAGGGGGCCAAUGAUCCCCGUGCCCUCUCUAUGCCUGCUGCAACCCCAGAUGUACACGAACGGCUGCCCAUCGAACACCACAACCGCUCCGGCAUGCCUUGCCCAGUGUUCGAGUCGCUGAUCACCGCUUUCUUCGAGCGCAUCAAUCCGGAGCUUCCCAUCCUACACGAGCCUUCUUUUCGAGAGGCUUACGAAGCGUGGCUGGUGAAUGCUGACAAUUUCGAUCCUGCUUGGCUGUGCAGCUUCCUCUGUGUCCUGUUACUUGCACGUCGUAUAGCUCGCAUCACUUUCCCAGAGGAGCAAGAGAAGGUAUGGUGGCGGCGGGUACAGGCACUGCUCCCUGUAGUGAUCUUCACCACCAGCGUCACGGCUGUCCAGGCACUGACACUGGCUGCAAUACACCUCCACAACACGAACCACCGCGAUGCAUGCUGGAAUCUCACGGGCGCAGCGAUACGUAUUGCCUAUGCCAUCGGAUUGCACCAGGAUAAAGCAAGUGCAGGACAGCCACCUGUUGUGCGAGAACUGAGAAAGCAGCUAUGGUGGUCAAUAUAUAGCUUGGAACACGCCCAGAUCACGUCCUACGACCGCCCAGGCGCUAUUGGGCAUCCAAGCCCCAAAAUCGGCUGCCCAAAUGAGAGGAUACUUGGUAUGGCAAGCUACUACCCACUGGAUUAUCGCAAAUGGGUGAACAGCCUUAUGAGACUUAUGGCAUCGGCUUGUCGAGCACCAAAAACAGUCAAACAACACGCGAGCGAGGAGUCCUACGUUGGUCCACUGUCCCCUGCAGCAGCAGUGUUGCGUGACAUGCAAAGAUGGAUGGAUUCGCUCCCUCAACACCUCCGGCUCGAGACAAUCGACACUACUCCACAAAUGUUCCAACGGCCAAUUGCAAUCAUGCAUGCGUGGUAUCACUACAUCAUAAUCGUACUCUGCCGCGCGGCUCUGCUCGCACGAGCUUCCGUUCUUUCCAAAGAAGGCCAUGAUUCCCCCAAUUCUGCUCUAGUAGCUAUGGCCAAUGCAUGUUCAGAAUCUGGUCAAGAUCUUGCCAGAAUACUGCUUCGUCUGGACUCUCUCGAGAAGUUCGAUCCCAUUACGACUUGUGAUAUCUGGUUCGCUCUCACCUCGAGCUCGGCACUCGUUCUGGACCUGGUCUGCUUGAACAAGCUUGCCAACCCACUAGGCAUGUCCGAGUCCGCCAUGCUGCUUUCACAACUUGCAGAUCUAGCGCAGCGUCAGAGGCGUAACCCUUGUAUUCCAGGCACCCUCGACAAGUUUGCCUCGCUAGUUCCAGAACUGCACUCCAUGGCUGAGGCACUGCAUAGCACAACUACUCCCGCUGGCGCUACAGACGCCGGUGUGAAAUCGGUGGGGGCUGUAUCUGUUGCAGCACCCCAGCCCCAUCAUGAUCCAGAACCAUAUCAGUACCUCCCCCCAAGCACCAACAGUGGUGCAUAUAUAUUUGCAGACAAUAUGCAGGAUCGCUACGAACAGGAUCCUGCAUACCCCGUAUUGGGCGGUUACCCAAACACCCGGUCUGACCGAAGCACACAGUCACAUUUCAUGGACUUUACGAUCAAUAACAUUCAUGAUUGGAAUUGGGGGGACUUGACAAACCUGCUUAGCACAGAGGCGGUGCCGGACAUGCAUUCGCAUGUUCAACCUCCGCCCGGUCCACCACCCGUAGGGCCAAGGUGA